GCCGCCACCUACCUCACCGUCACAGUCAGCGACACCAACGACCACAGUCCGGUCUUCGAGCAGUCCGAGUACCGUGAGCGCGUGCGUGAGAACCUCGAGGUGGGCUACGAGGUGCUGACCAUCCGUGCCACCGAUGGCGAUGCGCCCUCCAACGCCAAUAUGCGCUACCGCCUGCUGGAAGGCGCGGGCGGCGUCUUUGAGAUCGACGCGCGCUCGGGCGUGGUGCGCACACGGGCGGCGGUGGACCGGGAGGAAGCGGCUGCGUACCAGUUGCUGGUGGAGGCGAACGACCAGGGCCGCAACCCAGGCCCACUCAGCGCCACCGCUACCGUGCACAUAGUGGUGGAGGAUGAGAAUGACAACUACCCCCAGUUCAGCGAGAAGCGCUACGUCGUCCAGGUGCCCGAGGACGUGGCAGUGAACACACCUGUGCUGCGCGUGCAGGCCACCGAUCGGGACCAAGGGCAGAACGCGGCCAUCCAUUACAGCAUCGUCAGCGGGAACCUGAAGGGGCAGUUCUACCUGCAUUCUUUGAGCGGCAGCCUGGAUGUGAUCAACCCGCUGGACUUUGAAGCCAUCAGAGAGUAUACGCUUCGCAUCAAGGCCCAGGAUGGGGGCCGGCCUCCCCUCAUCAAUUCCUCGGGGCUGGUCUUGGUGCAGGUGCUGGACGUGAACGACAACGCCCCCAUCUUUGUGAGCAGCCCCUUCCAGGCAGCUGUGCUGGAAAACGUGCCCCUCGGCCACUCCGUGCUGCACAUUCAGGCGGUGGACGCAGACGCAGGUGAGAACGCCCGACUGCGCUAUCGCCUGGUGGACACCGCUUCCACCGCCGUGGGCGGGGGCGGCCCUGCACCCCAGGACGCUGCCUCUCCCCCGGACUUCCCUUUCCAGAUCCACAACAGCUCUGGCUGGAUCACAGUGUGCGCGGAGCUGGACCGCGAGGAGGUGGAGCACUAUAGCUUCGGGGUGGAGGCGGUGGACCACGGCUCCCCCCCCAUGAGCUCCUCCGCCAGUGUGUCCAUCACGGUGCUGGACGUUAAUGACAACGACCCGGUGUUCACGCAGCCGGUAUACGAGCUGCGUCUGAAUGAGGACGCGGCUGUGGGCAGCAGUGUGCUGACCCUGCGGGCGAGAGACCAGGACGCCAACAGCGUGAUCACCUAUCAGCUCACGGGCGGCAACACCCGCAACCGCUUUGCCCUCAGCAGCCAGAGUGGCGGCGGCCUCAUCACGCUGGCGCUGCCGCUGGAUUACAAGCAGGAGCGGCAGUACGUGCUGGCGGUGACCGCAUCUGACGGCACCCGCUCACACACUGCACAGGUCUUCAUCAAUGUCACUGACGCCAACACCCACCGGCCGGUCUUCCAGAGCUCACACUACACCGUGAGUGUCAGUGAGGACCGGCCAGUGGGCACCUCCAUUGCCACCAUCAGUGCCACGGACGAGGACACGGGUGAGAAUGCACGCAUCACCUACGUGCUGGAGGACCCCGUUCCGCAGUUCCGCAUCGACCCGGACACCGGCACCAUCUACACCAUGACUGAGCUGGACUAUGAGGACCAGGCCGCCUACACGCUGGCCAUCACCGCUCGGGACAAUGGCAUCCCUCAAAAGUCCGACACCACCUCCCUGGAGAUCCUCAUCCUUGAUGCCAAUGACAACGCACCCCGCUUCCUGCGGGAUUUCUACCAGGGUUCCGUCUUUGAGGAUGCGCCGCCGUCCACCAGCGUCCUGCAGAUCUCGGCCACAGAUCGGGACUCAGGCCCCAACGGCCGGCUGCUGUACACCUUCCAGGGUGGGGACGACGGUGACGGGGACUUCUACAUUGAGCCCACGUCCGGCGUGAUCCGGACGCAGCGCCGCCUGGACCGGGAGAACGUGGCCGUGUACAACCUCCGGGCCCUGGCUGUGGACCGGGGGAGCCCCGCGCCCCUCAGCGCCUCGGUGGAUAUCCAGGUGAGCGUCUUGGACAUUAACGACAACCCCCCGGUGUUUGAGAGGGACGAGCUGGAGCUGUUUGUGGAGGAGAACAGCCCCGUGGGGUCCGUGGUGGCAAGGAUUCGUGCCAAUGACCCCGACGAAGGCCCCAACGCCCAGAUCAUGUAUCAGAUCGUGGAGGGCAACGUGCCCGAGGUCUUCCAGCUCGAUCUGCUGAGCGGUGACCUGCGCGCCCUGGCUGAGCUGGACUUCGAGGUCCGGCGGGAGUACAUGCUGGUGGUGCAGGCCACCUCUGCCCCACUGGUGAGCCGGGCCACUGUGCACAUCCGCCUCCUGGACCAGAAUGACAACCCGCCCGUGCUGCCCGACUUCCAGAUCCUCUUCAACAACUACGUCACCAAUAAGUCCAACAGCUUCCCCACGGGCGUGAUCGGCCGCGUCCCCGCGCGCGACCCCGACCUGUCCGACAGCCUCAACUACACCUUCCUGCAGGGCAAUGAGCUCCAGCUGCUUCUCCUGGACCCUGCCACCGGCGAGCUGCAGCUUAGCCGGGACCUGGACAACAACCGGCCGCUGGAGGCGCUCAUGGAGGUGUCUGUUUCUGAUGGCAUCCACAGCGUGGCCGCGCUCUGCACCCUGCGGGUCACCAUCAUCACGGACGACAUGCUGACCAACAGCAUCACCGUCCGCCUGGAGAACAUGUCGCAGGAGAAGUUCCUCUCCCCGCUGCUGUCCCUCUUCGUGGAAGGGGUGGCCACGGUGCUGUCCACGACCAAGGACGACGUCUUCGUCUUCAACAUCCAGAACGACACGGACGUCAGCUCCAACAUCCUCAACGUGACCUUCUCAGCCUUGCUCCCCGGCGGCGUCCGCGACAAGUUUUUCCCGUCGGAGGACCUGCAGGAGCAGAUCUACCUGAACAGGACGCUGCUGACAGCCGUGUCCACCCAGCGCGUGCUGCCCUUCGACGACAACAUCUGCUUGCGGGAGCCCUGCGAGAACUACAUGAAGUGCGUGUCCGUGCUCAAGUUUGACAGCUCGGCGCCCUUCAUCAGCUCCACCACCGUGCUCUUCCGGCCCAUCCAUCCCAUCACCGGGCUGCGGUGCCGCUGCCCGCCGGGCUUCACGGGCGACUACUGCGAGACGGAGAUCGACCUGUGCUACUCCAGCCCCUGCGGCAUCCACGGCCGUUGCCACAGCCGCGAGGGCGGCUACACCUGCGAGUGUCUGGAGGACUUCACCGGAGAGCACUGCGAGGUGAACACACGCUCCGGCCGCUGCGCCAACGGGGUAUGCAAGAACGGGGGCACCUGCGUGAACCUGCUCAUCGGCGGCUUCCACUGCGUGUGCCCUCCCGGCGAGUUCGAGAGGCCCUACUGCGAGGUGACCACCAGGAGCUUCCCGCCCCGGUCCUUCAUCACCUUCCGAGGCCUGAGGCAGCGUUUCCACUUCACCGUCUCCCUCACGUUUGCCACCCGGGAGCGGAACGCCCUGCUGCUGUAUAACGGCCGCUUCAAUGAGAAGCACGACUUCAUCGCCCUGGAGAUCGUGGGCGAGCAGCUGCAGCUCACCUUCUCAGCAGGUGAGACUACAACCACGGUGACACCCCACGUUCCCGGGGGCGUGAGUGACGGGCACUGGCACUCGGUGCAGGUGCAAUAUUACAACAAGCCCAACAUCGGCCGCCUGGGCCUGCCCCACGGGCCGUCUGGAGAGAAGGUGGCCGUGGUGACCGUGGACGACUGUGACACGGCCGUGGCUGUGCGCUUUGGCAGCCUCGUUGGGAACUACAGCUGCGCUGCCCAGGGCACACAGAGCGGUUCCAAGAAGUCCCUGGAUCUGACCGGCCCUCUGCUCCUGGGAGGCGUUCCCAAUCUGCCCGAAGCCUUCCCGGUGCGCAAUCGCCAGUUUGUGGGCUGCAUGCGGAACCUGUCUGUGGAUGGGAGGAACGUGGACAUGGCCAGCUUCAUUGCCAACAAUGGCACCAGGGCAGGCUGCGCUGCUCAGAGGAACUUCUGUGAGGGGACCUGGUGUCAGAAUGGGGGCACGUGUGUCAGCAGGUGGAACACGUACCUCUGUGAGUGCCCACUCCGGUUCGGCGGGAAGAACUGCGAGCAAGUCAUGCCUCACCCCCAGCGCUUCAGCGGGGAGAGCCUCGUGUCCUGGAGCGACCUGGACAUCACCAUCUCCGUGCCCUGGUACCUGGGGCUCAUGUUCCGGACCAGGAAGGAGGACGGCGUGCUGAUGGAGGCCACGGCAGGCGCAUCCUCCAGGCUCCAUCUCCAGAUCCUAAACAGCUAUGUCCAGUUCGAGGUGUCCCACGGUCCCUCAGACGUGGCGUCUAUGAGCUUGUCCAGGUCACGUGUGACCGACGGGGAGUGGCACCACCUGCUGAUAGAACUGAAGAGCGCCAAAGAGGGCAAAGACAUCAAGUAUCUGGCGGUCAUGACCUUGGACUAUGGGUUGGACCAGGACACAGUGCAGAUCGGGAACCAGCUUCCGGGGUUGAAGAUGAGAAGCAUCGUCGUGGGCGGCGUGUCAGAAGAUAAGGUCACCGUGCACCGUGGCUUCCGGGGCUGCAUGCAGGGAGUGAGAAUGGGGGAGACAUCCACCAACGUCGCCACGCUGAACAUGAACGACGCCCUCAAGGUCAGGGUGAAGGACGGCUGUGACGUGGAGGACCCGUGCACCUCCAGCCCCUGCCCUCAGCACAGCCGCUGCCAGGACGCCUGGGACAGCUACUCCUGCAUCUGUGACAAGGGGUACUUCGGAAGGCAGUGUGUGGACGUGUGCCAGCUGAACCCCUGCGAGCACGUCUCGGCGUGCGUGCACAAGCCCGGCUCCCCGCGGGGCUAUGCGUGCGAGUGCGGGUCCAGCCACUACGGCCAGUACUGCGAGAACAAAAACAUAACGGCAUGGCGCCUGCAUCUGGAGCCCCGCCGAAACGCAGUCCGACACUGCAGCGGGGAGAAGGGCUGGCUGCCCGCAGAGCUCUUCAACUGCACCACCGUCUCCUUCCUGGAGCUCAAAGCCAUGAACGAGAAGCUGAGCCGGAACGAGACGCAGAUGGACGGCGACCGGUCCCUGCGGCUGGCCAAGGCUCUGCGGAAUGCCACGCAGCACACCGGCCCGCUUUUCGGCAACGACGUGCGCACGGCCUACCAGCUGCUGGCCCGCGUCCUCCUGCACGAGAGUGGCCGGCAGGGCUUCGAGCUGGCGGCCACGCGGGACGCUGACUUCCACCAGGACGUGGUCCGCACCGGCAGUGCGCUCCUGGCCCCGGACACACAGGCCGCAUGGGAGCAGAUCCAGCGGAGCGAGGGGGGCGCCGUGCAGCUGCUGCGGGGCUUCGAGGCCUAUUUCAGCAACGUGGCCCGCAACGUGCGGAGGACCUACCUGAGGCCCUUCGUCAUCGUCACCGCCAACAUGAUUCUGGCCGUCGACAUCUUCGACACGUUCAACUUCACGGGAGCCAGGGUGCCGCGAUUCGAGGACAUUCGUGACGAGUUCCCGAAGGACUUGGAGUCCUCGGUGUUCUUCUCAGCUGACUUCUUCAAGCCACCCGAGAGCAAAGAGAGCCCCACGGUGAAGCCGGCCGGGCGGAGGGCCGCCCCGCAGACGGCGCCCCCGGGGCCCGACGCCGAGAGGGAGGCCCCGUUCAGCAGGCGGAAGAGGCACCCCGACGAGCCCGGCCGGUUCGCCGUCGCCCUCGUCAUCAUCUACCGGACCCUGGGGCAGCUGCUGCCCGAGCGCUACGACCCCGACCGCCGCAGCCUCCGGCUGCCUAACCGGCCGGUCAUUAACACACCAGUGGUGAGCGCGAUGGUGUACAGCGAGGGGGCUGCGCUGCCCAGCCCCCUGGAGAGGCCCGUCCUGGUGGAGCACGUCCUGCUGGAGACCGAGGAGCGCAGCAAGCCCGUCUGCGUGUUCUGGAACCACUCCAUCACCAUCGGGGGAACGGGAGGGUGGUCGGCCAAGGGCUGCGAGCUGCUGUCCCGGAACCGGACCCACGUCGCCUGCCAGUGUAGCCACACGACCAGCUUUGCCGUGCUCAUGGACGUCUCCAGACGCGAGCACGGAGAGGUCCUGCCCCUGAAGAUCGUCACCUACGCCGCCGUGUCCCUGUCGCUGGCCGCCCUGCUGGUGGCCUUCGUCCUCCUCACGCUGGUGCGGACGCUGCGCUCCAACCUGCACGGCAUCCACAAGAACCUCAUCGGGGCGCUCUUCUUCUCCCAGCUGGUGUUCGUGAUCGGGAUCGCCCAGACCGGAAACCCAGUGAGGCCCUCUGCCGCCUCUCCCGGGGGGGGGGGGGGUGCGCGCAGACCUCAGACCUGUCUCCAAGGAGGACAGAGCGCGUUGUAUUUAAAAUGUAACUUAGGAAGGAGUGGGUGGAACUCCCUGCUGCGGACCGCCUUCCUCCUGCUGCUGCUCGUCAGCGCCACCUGGCUGCUGGGGCUGCUGGCCGUGAACAGCGACGCGCUGACCUUCCACGCCCUCUUCGCCGUCUUCAGCUGCUUACAGGGUCUCUUUGUUCUCCUGUUCCACUGCGUGCUCAACAGGGAGGUCCGGAAGCACCUGAAGGGGGUGCUCGCUGGGAAGAAGCUACACCCGGAUGACUCGGCCACCACGAGGGCCACCCUGCUGACGCGCUCUCUCAACUGCAACCACACCUACAGCGAGGAGCCCAACAUGUUCCGCACGGCCCUGGGCGAAUCCACCGCCUCGCUGGACAGCACCGUCAGGGACGAAGGGGGCCAGAAGCUCAGCGUGUCCUCUGGGCCAGCACGGGGUGGCCAUGGGGAGCCAGAUUCGUCCUUUGCCCCCAGGAGCACCAAGAAGCACCACGGCCACGAUUCAGACUCAGAUAGCGAGCUGUCCCUGGAUGAGCAAAGCAGCUCCUAUGCGUCCUCGCACUCGUCAGACAGCGAGGAUGAUGGGGUGGAGGCUGAGGACAAAUGGGACUCGGCGCGGGGCCCCGUCCACAGCACCCCGAAAGUGGACACGGUGGCCAACCACAUCCCGGCUGGCUGGCCCAACGACAGCCUGGCUGGCAGCGACAGUGAGGAGCCCGGCGACAAGCCGCGCCUGAAGGUGGAGACCAAGGUCAGCGUGGAGCUGCACCUGGAUGAACAGGGCAAUCACUGCAGCGAGCGCGCCCCGGACCAGGAGAGCGGCGGCCCGCUGAGGCCCGCGGGGGCGCUCCCUAACCAGCCCCCCGAGCAGAGAAAAGGCAUCUUGAAAAACAAAGUCACCUACCCGCCGCCGCUGACCGAGAAGACCCUGAAGUCCCGGCUCCGGGAGAAGCUGGCCGAGUGCGAGCAGAGCCCCGCGUCAUCACGCUCGUCCUCCCUGGGCUCUAGCGACGGGGCCCGCGUCCCCGACGGCACCAUCACCAUCAAAAACCCGCGCCAGGAGCCGGGGCGCGAGCACCUCAAUGGGGUGGCCAUGAACGUGCGGGCCGGGAGCGCCCAGGCCGCCGGCUCCGACUCCGAAGGCAGUAACGAAACUUCAAUCUGAACCAUCAGGAAACUGUGAGACAAGCCCACCGCCUCCAGCCAGGCCUCAGUGCUGUGUCGACGCACCCUUGGACCUUGGAGCCCAAGGGCCAGCUGCCCUGUCAGUGAAGCGGGCCCUGGCGGUGGGGGUCCCUGCAGUGGCAGCCCCGUGACUGGUGUGAUUGACAGUCCAGAUAUGAGGCCCCGGGGUGCCCCAGGGGGCUUGGGGCCCAGCGGACCCCUGACAAGUGCCAAAGGCCAUGGGCACGAGGAUGCGUGGGCUCCCGGGCUGGCUCAGCUGGAUCCCUGGUGCGAACAGAGCCAGAGCCGCACCCCAGGCCAGGAGCGGGCCCGGCACGAGAGCUGGCAAGGCCCAAAACUGCCAGGCCUGGCUUGCUGGGGUUCGCGGAUGCCGCGUGUAGGCAGAAGACGGAGGUCCACUGGCCACGCCGGUGCCUCCCUGUAGCACAGGCCCCUGGCUGGUGGCCUUGACGGCCCUUUGCAGAGACCCUCCCUUGUCUUAAAGCGAAUUACUCUCUUUUGUUGAAAAGGUGUAGAUACUUUGUGUAUAUUUGUACGGGACUCUGAGAAGGGGAAAGCCUGUGUCUCUUGUGCAUUUGUACUAUUGAUCCUGGGAGAUCCGUGGGAUGAUCUCUCACUAUUUUUUUUAUACAAGGAAGAUUGCACACUUGUACUUGAACCUGGCGUGCGUUGAUGCAGCCGGUGUCCCGGCAGAUCAGAGCGGGAAGUGCGUGGUGUGCGAAGCUGUCCUCCAACAGAGGCUCCUCCCACUGCGCUCAGCCGGGAAGCAAGGAGCAUGUGGGCAUCAGGCGCAGCCGCCGGAAUUCACAGCGCGUGUGUUUCUGAGAUGUGUGCCCUGUGCUCCCGGCCACCCCGACGGGGAUCGGAACGCAGGGCAGCCUGGAGGGGGCGGGACUUGAGGAGCCCGGCUGAGGUUGGUGGAGAACGCAGGUGCCCCAGGGCCGUGACUGACUCACUGACCGCCCCCGCCCCCACCCCGGGCCCACGCUCGGCCCACAGGGCCUCCCUGGCCCCUGUCCCGGUCUGUGUGGUACCGCAGGUGGGGACGUCUUUUGUCCCUCUGCUCCUGUUCCUGGUGGGAUCACAGUGUUCACAUGUUCCCGAUUCAGACGGAGGUGUGAGGUCUUCCAGGAUGUCACAUUCCUUCCUGCCAAAUUUUCCAGCUCUUUUAGACUCCGAGGAUCCCCAGGCAGGCUGGGGCCCCACCCCGGGAGUCCGACCAAUUACUUCAUUUUGCUUCAAAUGGCCAAUUGUGCGGAGCGACAAAGCCACGGCCAUGCUUCUUAAUGGUUACCAAGCUGUUUUUUGGAAGCUCAUAGCGGGGAGCGGCUGUGACUGUCCCGCAGUGGGCCACCACCGUUGGCACAGCGUGGCCCCCGGGGCUGUGGAACGGGGCCCAGAAUGACUCAGACACGUUUCAUUCCAGUGUUGCCUUUGUUCUUCAAAUCAGGCGCCCAAAUGCCUCAUUAGCACAGCUGCUUCCAGAUUCGAGAAACCAUAAAAUAGGAAGAUGAUCAAGUCAAAUGCAAAGAUUUCCACACUGUAUUCAGAUGGAAACGUGAGCACACCAGGAACAGCAGAUGCGAGGCGGGUCUAAGGCCGCACACCUCACGCGGGAGUGAAAGGAGACCCCAGGGUCCGCGUGCGGGAGUGAAUUAUAAAUGUGCCUUAGCAGGUGAGUGGCCUUUCGAAGACAGAAGAGUGUCUUCAGGUGUUUACUCCCAACGAGACCUUUUCUCAGUAAAAAGAGUUGACUACCCUCGGGUCAGAACACCCCCUUCGUGUCCUCGCUCUUCUGCAGCUGGGUCCUGCCCCUUGGGGUGCAGUUUUCAAUCUGAUCAGAAAUGUUACCAAAAAACAACUGUCCGUUUUAUUAAGACAGGAAAAAUUGUAAACCUAUUUUUGUGACUUAAGACUUUAUGAGAAAUGAGACACUGGAGAUUUUUUUAACAAAUGUCUAUUUAUUAAUGUUUGGAACACUGGAAUUACAACACGCAAUAAAUUAAGAUUUUUGAA